AUGGCUGUGGAUGACUAUGAAGAGCUUCUUAAGUAUUAUGAAAUACAAGAAACUGUUGGAUCAGGUGGCUUUGCAAAGGUUAAGCUGGGUCGUCAUUUGCUCACUGGUGAACAGGUUGCAAUAAAAAUCAUGGACAAGCUGGCUCUAGGGGAUGAUUUGCCCCGUGUAAAAAUGGAAAUUGAAGCCAUGAAGAACUUAAGCCACCAGAAUAUCUGUCGACUGUACCAAGUAAUUGAGACGCCAAAGAAGAUCUUUAUGGUUCUAGAGUACUGCCCUGGUGGAGAGCUGUUUGAUUAUAUCAUUGCUAAGGAUCGCUUAUCAGAAGAGGAAGCACGUGUGUUUUUUUGCCAGAUAGUAGCCGCUAUUGCCUACGUACACAGUCAGGGGUAUGCUCACAGGGACCUUAAACCGGAAAACUUAUUGAUCGAUGCUGAACAUAACCUGAAGCUGAUAGAUUUUGGUCUCUGUGCAAAACCAAAGGGUGGUCUGGAUUAUCAUUUAAGCACAUGUUGUGGAAGUCCAGCAUAUGCAGCACCAGAGUUAAUUCAAGGCAAAGCUUACAUUGGCUCAGAGGCAGAUGUUUGGAGCAUGGGAGUCCUCUUGUAUGCUCUCCUCUGUGGAUUUCUGCCCUUCGAUGACGAUAACGUCAUGGCACUCUACAAGAAAAUAGUGAGGGGGAAGUAUGAGAUUCCAAAAUGGCUCUCACCUGGCAGUGUACUGCUUCUGCACCAGAUGCUGCAGGUGGACCCAAAGAAAAGGAUUAUGGUUAAGCAUCUCUUAAACCACCCAUGGCUCACACAAGGCUACUCUUUUGCUGUCCACUGGCAAAGUAAAUACCCUCUUGGGCAUCUUGAUGAAGACUGCAUAACAGAACUUUCUGUGUUUCAUAAGUGUAGCAGAGAACAUAUGACAGAUGUAAUUUCAGAGUGGAAAUAUGAUCAUGUGUCUGCAACAUACCUUUUACUUCAAACCAAGAAGGCUCAUGGUAAACCUGUUCGUCUGAGGAUUCCUACUGUAACAUCAGACUGUGCUAGCAUCACUCCAUCCAGAGAAUGGAAGAUCAAAAAGACUCUGAGCUACCAAGAUGAUCCAGACAGCAAUGCUAUGCCAUGUGUAUUUGGAUCCAUGGAAUUUUUAAACACUUAUGAAGAAACACAACCUGUAAUGUGCAACACACCCAAAACCAAACAGCCUCAUAUGGUCCUGGUUGGUGGUGGAGAGUUCACACCACCUCUGCUUCCUGCUCCAAGGAGAGGAGCAUCUAAGAAAUAUGCCAACAAGGAGAACUCUGGUGCCAAUGUUCCAACAAAGCCAGAUCUCUUCGUGCUUCCUCCUCCCAAGACACCAACUUCCAUCACAGAUGAGAAGAGAGUCCUGACCACUCCAAACCAUGCACUACGAUCUGAAGAGAAAGGGCAAGCCACCAGAGAGACCCCAGUUAAGCUACCAGCUCCUGCAAAACCAGAUGAAUUGGCAGCAGGAAUCAUUAGCCCUGAGAGAAGGUGUCGCUCAGUGGAAUUGGACUUGAACCAGGCUCAUCUGGACAGUGGCCAGAAGAGAAAAGGAACCAAAAUGUUUGGGAGCCUUGAAAGAGGCUUGGAUAAAGUGAUCACCAUGCUCACACCGAAUAAAAAGAAAGGAUCGGCAAAAGAAGGCCCAAGAAAGUUAAAGGCUCACUACAAUGUGACCACAACUGACUUACUAAAUCCAGAUGAGCUGCUGAAGGAGAUAAUAGCUGUCCUUCCAAAAAAGCAAGUUGAAUAUGUACAGAAAGGCUAUAAACUGAAGUGCCAAACACAAUCAGAUUUUGGCAAGGUGACAAUGCAGUUUGAGCUGGAGGUUUGCCAUCUGAGCAAACCUGAAGCAGUUGUGGGCAUCCGGAGGCAGCGGCUGAAGGGUGAUGCUUGGGUCUACAAAAAGCUAGUGGAAGACAUUUUGUCUAGUUGCAGGUUGUAACCU